UUUUUUUUUUUUUUAAUUUUCCCUAAUACUCUCUCUCUCUCUUUCUCUUUUUUUUUUACAUAUAUAUUUACACAUAAUAGAGAGAAAAAAAAAUGCCUUUAAAACUUAUAACUAAUUUCGUAUCGUCUUUUUUAAAACGGAAUGAGACCGACAUUUCAACAAAAGAAACCAUCUCAGCAUCUGGUUCGCUAAAGUCGUCGUCGUUAGCCUCCAUCUCUUUCAGCCCAACCAUCACCAUUCAAGGUUUAUGGAGCAAAAAAGACGAUCAGAAUGAUAUGACGGUUGUCAAAACGACCGUAGAAAACGAACGCUGGGUGGCGCAUCAAGAACAACUGAUACACUGGCAAAACCAACCACCGAUAUUUGACCCUUAUCCAGCUUUGGGUAUCCAGGAUUAUGAUUUGCUAGAAACCCUAGGUACUGGUACAUUUGGUAGGGUUUGGCUCAGCAAGCAAAGAAAGACAAAACAAUACUUUGCUAUUAAAGUAUUAAAGAAGGCAGACAUUGUUAAACUGAAACAAGUAGAACAUAUCAAUUCAGAAAGGCAUGUCCUUUCACAAAUUAAUUUUCCAUUUAUUGUACAAUUAUACUGCACGUUUCAAGACCAUGAAAAUUUAUUUAUGCUACAAGAAUAUGUCAUUGGUGGAGAAUUAUUUCGACAUUUAAGAAAGUCAGGUCGGUUUCCUAAUGACACUGCUCGAUUUUAUGCAGCAGAAAUCGUAUUAGCGUUAGAAUAUUUGCAUUCCAAAGACAUUAUUUACCGCGAUCUCAAGCCCGAAAAUAUUUUGUUGGAUCAUCGUGGAUACAUCAAGAUUACGGAUUUCGGAUUUGCUAAAAAGGUGCUUGAUAGGACAUGGACACUCUGUGGAACACCGGAAUAUUUAGCACCUGAAAUUAUUCAGAGCAAAGGGCACAGUAAGUCCGUGGAUUGGUGGUCUCUUGGAAUCUUGAUAUUUGAAAUGAUGGCUGGAUAUCCUCCAUUUUAUGAUGACAAUCAUUUUGGUAUCUAUGAGCGUAUUUUAGGUGGCAAGGUGCAAUACCCAAGUUAUUUUGAGAAUUCUGGUAAAGACCUCCUGAAAAAGCUACUCGUCAUUGAUCGUACCAAGAGAUUAGGAAAUAUGAAGGGGGGUGCACAAGAUGUGAAAAAGCAUAAAUGGUUUCGUAAUACAGACUGGCAUGCAUUACUGAACAAGACUGUGCGGGCGCCUAUUAUUCCUGCUCAUUCAAAUGACUAUGAUACCAGCAAUUUCGAAAAAUAUCCAGAUGAAGCAAAAAAUAAGCAGCCAGAAGGUGACCCUUUUCGCGAUUUGUUUGCUGACUUUUAAAAAGUGCUGCAAACAACUUUUUUCUUGCCAAUAUUCCCUUUUAACCCUGUAUUUCUUCUUUUUUUUCUUUGUAUAUAAUAUAUAUUAAUAAUAAUAAUAAUAAUAAUGCUAUUUUAACCUCUUGAGGAUAAUAUAA